AUUAGUAUAAUUUCUAUACUGUCAAAUGGUAAGGAUAGAUUUUUCUAUUGCUUUGGGCAGUUUUAAUUGACAAUAAAUCUACACUGUAUACUAAAAUCAUUUGUAUGCUUAUGUUUGGAUUAAUUGAGAGCUUUCAAUGAAAGCUCGGCAUGUGUCUCAUAAUACUUAAAAAAAAAAGUAUUAACUUUGUCACGUAGGAUGGAAAAAACGUGUAAUGAAGUCAGUCGAACGACACAUAAGAAAGUUUUUUCACAGUUUGUACAAUGGAUUUUGUGACAGGACACGUGAUUCGAUGAGCUGUCAAUGAAUUUUAUGUUUAAUAAAAUCUUCAGAAAAUUCUUUUCUCAGAGGUGUGAGCCUUGCUCGAUGGUCUAUAAAAGCUGCAGGAAAUUAGUAUGAAAUAUUUAAUGUAUUCGUCGCGUUGAAUAUCUAGUUUCCGCAAAUCAGUUGUACUGAUGCCAGGGGUACGUUUUUCUGUGUAUGAAAAAAAUGAGCUUUAAGGUUUCGUAUAAAAAUUAUAUUUCUUAAAAAGCAUUGUGACUAAUGACGAAAGGAAAUUUAAAAAAUUUAUUAGUAUCAAGUAAAAUUUUUUUCAAUUUAUAAUACAUUUUUUUAAUCGUGCUUUUUUUUUUUAAUAUUUUAUAUACUACCGAUUUCGCAAUGAUCCUCGUUUGACGCCAUGUUCUUGCGUCAUUCCCCACCUGAGUCUAUACGGGACCUGCGCAUUCGAUUUCAUGUGAUUGGCCAAUAGAAACUUACGGAUUCCACCCUUAGCUUUUCUUACAUACGUAUGUAAACGUACGUUUACUAAUGCAUUUGUGGACCAAUAUAUGUAACCGGCGAAAGAAAAAGAAAAUGAAUAAUAAAUACCGGACAAUAAAAAUUUUCUGGCAGACAAGGAAAAAAGUGCAUGUUUAUUUAUGGGAAUCACGCGAGGGUAACGUGGACCGUGAGCUUUCCUAAAGUUACGGAAGUUUGCGCAGAGGGAAGUUUAUAAUAAGUACCUAGAGGACUGAUAACUUGGAAAGCUCGAUUGAUCUUCGAUUUCUAAUAAUAUAUUGAUAUGCGAUAGAAAUCGAAGGGCGGAAAGGAAAAAAAACUCGAAAGCUCAAACAGUCUUACAUAAAGCUUCGAUACAGUCGGUUCGACUGAAAUUUGAUCAUGAUGAUAUUUGAUGAUAACCUACCUAGAAAAAUCUAAUAUUUCAAAUAUAAUUUCGAAGUUUUAACUCGCAUCAAGUCUCAGUCGAGAAGAAUAAUAACAAAGAUCGAUCAAACUGCUCGAGUAAGUUUUUGAAUUAUUCAAAAAGUUCUAGAAGCUCUCACUGAACUUCUUCCCGCCUGCCAUCACGAAAACCUGAACACGUAUCGACCAAUAAUAACAAUAAUAAAUAUCACCUAAUAGCACAAUUCUAAAACAUACAAUUUUUUUCGAAAAUCCAAAAAUCCAAAACUUCAAUCACUUCACUAUAAAUUGCUUUUUUUUUAAUUAUAAAAUUCUCAGCCCCUCUUCACACUCCCUUACACCGCCAUCGAGUCUUAUAUUAUUUAUCAUUCUGGAUCAUUAAUCUAUUUUUAAUUAUUGUCAAUCAUUCUCAAUGAUCCAUCAUUAUCAAUUAUUGUUAAACACUAUUAAGUGCAUCAUUCCUAUACUACUUUCCUGUCAAACCCCCUCUACUGUCAGUAUACAAACCCAUUUUCCGAAAACUUUCUCGAGGGACUGUACACGGCGCAUCCCUAACAAGAUUCCAGUUAGCGUCGAAGGUCGCGCAGUGCAACACCAGUUAAAUCACCCGAUUCACCCUCAGUGCAUCGAGUAGAGAUAUUCACUGAUUUACGAAGAUUAAAAUUAAACGCCAGUGCGAGAAAGUAUAAUCGUCCUCGGUUUUAACGUCGACGACGAACAUGACAAUACAAAAAAUAUCAUUCGAUGACGUAAUCAUGCUAAAUCGCGUGACACUUCGUGGAGUUGGGAUUCUUAAGUUUCCAGGAUUCAAAAAAUCCUCCAGCAAGAUAAUUCAAGGAUUCUUGAUUGCAUUGAUGAUGGCGAAUGCAUUGUAUCUAAUGAUCAGCAUGAGCUACGUAUUAAUAUUCUCAAAUCACGAGAUGACUACAUUGCUAAGUACGAUGGCACCGCUAAUGUCAAUUACAUCAGGAUCAUCACGCUACCUACUGGCAGUGUACAAUAAAGUUUUGAUAGAACGUAUUCUGGAAGUAAAUAAGCAAGUUUGGAAUUGCGCAACCAAGCAGCAAGACUACGAGACGUUAAAGAACUAUGGAUUACGUGCGCGAGCACUGACAGCAAUGCUUUUCGGAUCUGCAUCACUUACGGUCGUCUUCUUUUUAGCAACGCCAAUUCUAGCAAUUACGAAUGAGCCUAUGGACUUCUAUAGCAAUUCCACGGGAAAUUUCGCAUUGCGUAGAGCCCUACCACUUCCAAGUCCAUUUGAGACUUUUUCGUCGCCUUAUUACGAAUUGGCGUACGUUGCUCAAGGAAUUGCCACUUGCUACCUCGGAGUUGCAGUUAGCACUGUGGAUGCACUUUCGACAGUGCUCGUAAUACAUGGCUGUGCGCAGUUUAAAUUGCUCAACAACCGGCUGCUUGGAAUUGUUCGGCAAGAUUUACAGAGUGCCAGCAAUUAUUAUGGACAUGACCAACGCGCACGAUUCUUUAAGACUUCCUUUCGUUUUCAUCGAUCGAUUCUUGAAUAUUGCUACACGCUGGAGGCUGUCGUAUCGAUCUCAAAUUUGAUUUCGGUUCUUACUUGUAUGUGUGCGAUCUCAUUCUGCGCUGUGAAUAUUGUUCGUGGUGGUGCUGAUCUUUUAAAAUUUUUGGGCUUGUUUAUGGUCUUCAUUAUGCAGAUGCUGUUUGUUUGCUGGCCGGCAGAUUAUUUGUCAUCCGAAAGUACAAACAUUGCGUUUGCUUUUUACAAUUGUUCCUGGUACAAUUACGAAAAGUCUAUUGGAAGUUCUAUUCAAAUUGCAAUUGCACGUUCGCAAAAUCCAGUUGCAUUGACUGCAGGAAAGUUCGUCAUUAUGUCGCUGGAAACAUUUACGUCGAUUCUCUCGAGUGCUAUGUCAUUUUUUGCAGUAUUAAAAUCAAUCUGAAAAUUUCAUCAGUACCACUGAUAAAGAGCGCUAUGAGAAUAGUGAUGAAAUGUAUGGCACAAAAAAAUUGCAUAAAACGCGAAAUACGUCAUUACACACGGAAUUGCUCUUGUAGAUACAUCGAUGCAAUAUAAUAACAAUAAUUGACAUAGCGAAAUACUAUUUUUAAUUUAAAAAAAAAUGGCUCAUCCCCUUUUUCCAUUUUUAAAUCUACUCGCCAGAAGUUAUUUUAUUCUUGUGCGUUCAACCCCUAUUACCAUUCAGAUCUCAAGGGGUGGAAAUGCGCAGAAAUUUCUCUUUUACGAUUGGAUUGCGCAUUGCAGAGUCACGCCUAUGUUAUGCUCUCUACCAAUGGCAAUAAAAUUAGAAUUAACUUAUAUAUUUUACACUGGCAAUCAAUAUCUAAAUUCGUCAUAAAAAAUAGCACUGCAAAUUGCGCUACAGGCAUCAGGGAUGAAGUACGGAAUGAUAUUGUCAAUACAAAAUUAAUUUAGCACGUA